AUGCCCCGAGUUCGCGUUAGUUCAAGCCAAAAUUGCCAUGAGAAGGAAGGUCGGCUCCUACUGGCUGUACAGGCUAUUAAAAAAAAGGAGAUUACAUCAAUACGCGAGGCAGCACGUCGCUUCAAUGUGCCUGAAUCUACACUACGUACGCGACUACGCGGGACUACAAAUCGCGCCGAAUCUCGCGCAAAUGGCCAUAAAUUGACUGAGAUUGAAGAGGAAGUGCUUAAGCAGUGGAUUCUCUCUUUAGAUCUACGCGGAGCAGCUCCUACAAAAGCUCAUGUACGAGAAAUGGCUAAUAUUCUGCUUGCAAAGCGUGGUUCCACCCCAAUCCAGACUGUCGGCCAGAAAUGGGUAUAUAAUUAUACUCAACGCCACCCGGAGCUUGAGUCUCGCUUGUCAAGGCAAUACGACUGCCAGCGAGCAAAGCAAGAGAACCCAAAGGUUAUUCAAGCAUGGUUUAACACCGUACGAGCCACAAUCGAACAAUACGGGAUCCUACCGGACGAUAUCUACAACUUUGAUGAGACUGGCUUUGCAAUGGGCCUUUGUGCACAUCAGAAAGUGAUUACCAAGUCAGAAUCAUGUGGCCGAAGACCAGUUCUACAGCCAGGAAACCGUGAUAAUGGCCUUCGCUGGCUUCAGAAGCAAUUUAUCCCGUCAACAGAGCAUCGUACGCGCGGAAGAUAUCAACUUCUAGUUCUUGAUGGCCAUGGAAGCCAUCUUACACCAGAGUUUGAUCAAAUCUGUACAGAUCAUAAUAUUAUACCACUCUGCAUGCCGGCACAUUCCUCCCAUCUUCUACAACCACUUGAUAUUGGAUGUUUUGCAGUUUUGAAGCGCUCGUACGCCAGCUUGGUUGAUCAGAAAAUGCGGCUUGGCAUCAGCCAUAUUGACAAACUUGAUUUCCUUGCAGCCUAUCCACAAGCUCGAAUCAGCACAUUUAAGCUGGAUACAAUCAGAAACAGUUUUCGAGCAGCAGGACUAGUGCCAUUGAAUCCUGAACCAGUGCUUUCAAAGCUUAGUAUUCAGGCUCGUACGCCUACACCCCCUGGAAGCCGUGGCAGCCAGGCAAGCACUUUUUGCCCACAUACACCAGCAAAUGUUGAUGAGCUUCUAAAGCAAGCUUCUUUACUCAGAGAUUUUCUCAAACAGCGCUCAAAAAGUCCACCAUCACCGUCCCAUAAUGCCCUAAACCAGCUAAUUAAAGGCUGUCAAAUUGCAAUGCAAAAGGGCAUACUAUUGGAGCAAGAGAAUAGGGCGCUACGUGCUGAAAAUGCUAUACAAAGGCGAAAGCGAGCUCGUACGCAUAGAUGGAUAGCUCAUGAUAAUGGUCUGUCUGUACAAGAGGCUACAGAGCUCGAGGAAGCUCAUAAUGCGUCUUUUCAGGCAAUACCUGGUCCAUGCGGGCCACCAGCAGAAGGUGCACAAACACCAAAGGCACGGGCAUUACCUACAUGUAGUACCUGCCAUAGAAUUGGGCAUAGAAGAAAUGCUUGUCCAAAUAAAUAA